AGCCUUACUUAAAGCGAAAAGGCUGCUCAACUUUUAUUGUUUCUUAACAGGUUUUCUUCGUUACAAGGUCCUAAAAGAAUCCUCAGCUGUCAGCAAGCUGGACCGUGACCUCAGAUGUCCCAAAGAGAGAGGACCAUGCUCCGCUGCAGGAGGUGUCGGAAAAGGGUCGUAGACUCCACCUGUUUGUCAACGGCGGAGGCCACAGAGGACAGCUCAGAGGCAGGGUGCAGUAUUUGGCACGUGGACGUCGACGCGCUGCCAGAGUGGAUCCUGACCUCAGUUCACCAGGCCCAGUGGACCGUAGGGAAGCUGUACUGCCAGAACUGCUGCGCCCGUUUAGGCGGCUUCAACUUCAUCAACCACAGCGAGUGUCCCUGCGGUCGAGACGCCGCCGUCCACCUCAGCAAGAGCCGCGUGGACCAGGACCACAAACACUGCGUCCUCAUCGUGCAGCCGAGGAGGAGGAGGACGUCCGAGAAGGAACAGACCGCUGUGUUGACGGACGGCUGUCAGAGCAGAGAGCGGAGGACGGACUUCAACAGUUUACACCUCAACUGUGCUGCUCAGGCCUCCACUGAAAACCCCCCGUCGUUCUCCUUCAGUCCUCUGUACUGCAUCUCUCACCGGAGACGCCGCAGUUUGGAGGAAGACGCCUCCAUCAGGUCGUCUUGCUUCUGCCCUGCAGUGAAGUCUGCUGUGGAGAGACCAAGGACACGUGAGGACACACCUGUCUCGUAUCCUACAAGUCAGCGGUUUGACUCUGAAGGUCAAGCGUCAGUCGUCGCCUCUGGAAGGACACGCUCACCUCUGCAGAGGGUGGAGGACGCAGAGUCUUCUCCAGAGACCUCGCCUGUCCAACAGGAUGUUCCCGUGUCAGCGCUGCUCCUCAGAGGGAGGGCCGUCUCUGACAGCGUGGCAGACGGGGAGGUGGAGGAGGAUGAAGAGGAGAUGGUGUCUGAGAGUGUGAGUCCCUGUCUGUCUGAAGGUGAGGAUCAGGACGGAGAGGGCCUCACCUGUGCCGUGUGUCUGGAGGUGUUCUUCAGCCCGUACAGCUGCCAGCCCUGCGCCCACGUCUUCUGUGAGCCGUGUCUGCGCACAAUCGCCAAGAAUCGACCCACGAACACCCCGUGCCCCCUCUGCCGCGCCCUCAUCUCUCACACCACCCCCCACAAAGAGUUCAACCACACAGCGAAGACCUUCUUCCCCAAAGUGUACAACGCCCGCAAGCAGAGCUUCCAGAGUGCUGCGUGUGCAAAAUGGCCGCUGCCCAGCUGUCGCAAACGCUUCCGAGCUUUCUGGGGUGAGCAGAGGCAGACGGCGAGGCGCUGGCACUUUGCGCUCGGAAGCUUCACGCUGGACACGUUGGACUUCGGAGGCGUGCGCGGCUGGCUCUUCGACAACGGCCUGGUGAUGGUCUACAUCCCCGUCAACUGGAUCCUGGCCACCUUCUUCAGUUUCUUCUUCAUGUACUUUUUCUUCUUUUGAGACACAGAGGAGCGCUCCGCAGUUUGCAGUGCAGGUUUAUUUGUAUCUUUUUCUUUAAAGGCACAAGGGAAUGUGAGUUCAAAGCUGUUAUUCCAGCAGCAACAUAUCUCUGUGAUGAGAUACUUAGAAAUCAGGGAGCAGGAACCCAACAUUUGCCCGUAUUGUAAACAUAUGGUUUGAAAUGUUUACAAUAUGUGUCAAGCGAUGAUUUGAUCGCCAUUUUAUUUUGGCCAGUGUUACUAUAGUGUUAUUGCAAUAAUACCCUGCGGUGUCCUGAUUUCCAGAAGAGACGCUGAGGUACAAAAAGUGGCAUUUCUUCUGGUCAUUUUUUACUUUGCGGAAAACCUAGUAAAUACUCGCUGUUUGGCACUGUUGGUAGUGAUGAUCAGCCAAAAAAAACCUUGAUGAAUGAUGCAUGAUGUCACUUUUUAGCAGAAAGAAACAGUUCCAAGAUUUUAGAAAAACAUGCGUGUUGGUUUUCUUUCAGAGAGGUACACAAAUUGCUAAUACUCUUAUGUCUGUGUUACGUAUGGUGAACAGGCUAGAAGACAAUUAGCCUAGCUUAGCAUAAACCUGGAAGCAGGGGGAAGCAGAUAAGCUGGCUCAGUCCAAAGUAAUGAAAUUGCGUUUUAACGGUAAUGUUCAGCCUGAUGACUUUACGCCCUCUCAGUUAGCAACUGCUGUUUUUAAGACAUGCAAAAGCUUCAGAAGUUUACCAAUAGUUUGUUUUCGUUUAAAUGUGCAUUUGCAUUUGCUUGGCAAAGGAAAAGUGUCUUCCAAGAUAUUGAUUUUCUUAGCAUGGAGAUGUUUGGACAUGUGUUCAACAUGCUCAGGAAUUAAACACUGUAUGUAUGCGGUAAAUAAAGACAGCAGCAGGUUUUGAUGGAGGCGAAUGAUUGAUGGACUGACAAAAUAAUCAGACACACAAAGGUAUAUAAAAAAAUACGUAUGCUGCCUUUAAUUAUUCUGUGCCUACUGACUUUAACACGUAUUAUGAAACUGGAAUUCACUAUAGCUUUAAGUUGCAACCCUCUGGCACAGAAUAUGAUGUAUGCAUAGGAAGCCAAAAAUACAUUGAAAUAAAGUCUUCAGUUAAUUCAUUAAUGUCUUUGUUAAGGAAAAGGCAUGUGGAAAAAAGUCUUGGCGUUCAUAUUAUGUAAAGAGUUUAUUUUUAUGCAAAAUAAUAAAUUGCAAAUGCAAAAAAGUG